CAUGUAUAUAAAAACUCAAACUAUAUAAAGACUAUUUUCUUUAAAUCUCAAUCAAAACAGUAGCCCUAUGACUAAUUUUAUUGCUUGACAGCUUUUGACAGAAUUGGUAAUUUUAUUGUAAUUUAAUGUCAUUUGCACAAAAUUAAAAUUAGUUUUAUAAAAGAGUCAAUAAUUUAUCAAUGGCAGGUAAAGAAACAUUAAGAGCUGGUUGUAAACUUGCUAGACCUGUUUUAUCAACUGAUUAUUGUGAAGCGCAUAGACGUGUGAUGAGCUUGUACCGAGCUUAUUAUCGCUUUAUUCCCUACAUAGUUAAACACUUCGACAUACCAAAAAAUGAAGAAAAUUGCCGAGAAAAAAUAAGGGAAUACUUUUAUAGAAAUGCUUGUGUAACCGAUUUGAGAGUUAUCGAUAUAUUAGUCAUAAAGGGAUUCAUAAAUUUGAAAGAGAUGACGCAUAUGUGGCAGCAAAAAGGUCACGUUAUGGCUCACUGGCACUCAACUAACGAACCAAAACCCUGCGACUUCGUUGGAAAAUUUUUAGCUAAUUUGGAUUGAAAAAUGUUUGAGAGAUCUCUCUACUAUAUUAGUUAUUAGCAAAAAAAAACUACCAAUAUAUAAUCAGAAAUUUUAUUUAUAAAUACAUUACGCAUAGUUUUAGUUCGGGAGUAUAAUUAAUGUUCGGCAACGGCAAAUAAGUUGAUAGCUACGCUUACGCGACCCUGAUUGCUUCGUACUGUGUCUGUCCUGUCAUGUACUAAAAUUAAAAUAAAUUGACAUGUAGUUUUGUUUCAAA